UGCCUGCACCAUUCACAAUACAUACAGCAACAUGAAGAGCUCCAAAAGCAGGAGGGUGUUCACCACACUCGAACUGCUGCUCAUCUGCCUCUUCAUCCUCCUGCUAGCAGUGUGUAUCGGUCUAAUCACCAUUACAUGGCUCGCCAUCCAUCGGCCCCAAGCACAGGACAGCCACAACACAACCAGCCAGCCUCCCCAAAUCUUACGAGGCUCCUUUAAGAUAACUCAAGGAGCCUCGUACACAACUCAGCUGCAAAACAAAUCAUCGCUCCAAUUCAAGGCUCUUGCCUUUGAUGUCAGAAAUCUGAUACAGGAAAUAUAUGUGUGGGGACAACACCAAGAUCAGUACAAAAACUGUGAGGUUCUGGAGUUCCGGAAUGGCAGUGUAGUUUCAUUUUUUGAGCUCCAUUUCACGACCGCUGUGUCAAACACCACUGUAAGGAAUGAGAUGGUGGCAGCCAUUGAAGCAAAUGAGGGGUCAUUUCUGGGAAACUUUCAAAUAGACCUGGACAGUCUUCAGAUCACAGACCAGUGUUUCCCAGGAAGUUGGAUGUGCGGUGAUGGGAUGACCUGUGUGAAUCAGGAUUUGUUCUGCAACGGAGUAUCUGAUUGCCCUGAUGCCCUGGAUGAAAGCGAGAAAUAUUGUGCCACGCCCUGUGACGGAAAGUUUCUGCUGACAGGCCACUCUGGUUCAUUCCAUUCCCUUCAUUCCCUCAAGCUCUACGGUCAGAACACUUUCUGCAGAUGGGUCAUUAGAGUUGAACCAGGCCUUCAUAUCAAGGUGAGCUUCAUGAACUUCCAAACAUCGAAAUUUGCUGAUAUCCUUGACCUCUACCAGGGAACAGGCUCCAAGAAAGAAUUAAUCGCCUCACUGUCAGGUUCCAAUCCCGGAUCGGUAUGGAUUUUUUCCAACCAGGCUACGGCGGAGUUCCAUUCGGAUAAUUUCUCAUCUCCUGAUCUUGGUUUCAACGCAAUCUUCACUGUGUUUAACCUCAGCGUGGCCAGCAAUCAGGAGAAAAUAGACUGCGAUUUUCAAGAUGGAUUUUGCUAUUGGAGACAAGAUCCAAAGAAUCUGGGUGAUUGGCAGAGAAUGAAUGGCCCUUCCUACCCACCAUUCACUGGGCCGACUGAUGAUCACACGUGUGGGAAUCAAUCAGGGUACUAUAUUGUGACACCCAGCCAACAGUUCAAUAAGAUCAUAAAGGUCCGCCUCUACAGCCCUGAGUUGUCUGCUGAUACCGAGCCUUCGUGUCUCAGUUUCUGGUACCACAUGUACGGAAUCGGCGUUUCCUACUUACGGGUUUACGUCAGCAGAGAUCAGGGCACGUGGCAGACAGUGUUUGAGAAGGAAGGAGAUUAUGGGAACCAGUGGAACUACGGGCAGCUGACGAUAAAUGAAACAGCAGCUGUCAGGGUUGUGUUUGAAGCUGUGAAGCGUUAUGGGAGGAUGACUGAUAUUGCAUUGGAUGAUAUUUCUCUGGCAAGAGGCAUGUGCAAUGACAGUGGAUACCCGGAGCCAACAGCAAAACCGAAACCCACCCCACCCCCAACUGGGCCCACUGACUGUGGUGGCCCAUUGGAAUUGAGUGAACCAAACACCACCUUCAGUUCCGUUAACUACCCCAAGGACUACGUGAAUAAUGCAUUUUGUACCUGGUAUUUAAUCGCAGACAAGGGGAAAAAUAUUCAGCUCCACUUUGAAGACUUCAGCUUAGAAAAUAUUAAGGAUGUGGUAGAAGUCCGAGACGGAAGGGGGACAGACUCCCUCCUGAUGAAGAUAUUCACGGGCCAUGGGCCAUUUAAUGACCUUUUCUCCACCAAGAACGAAAUGACAGUCCUCUUCAUCUCAAACAGGGUACAAACCGCGAGGGGAUUCCAGGCGAAUUUCACCACAGGAUAUCACUUGGGACGACCAGCUCCCUGUUCUCCGGCUGAACACCAGUGUGGGAAUGGUCAGUGUCUUGCUGUGGGAAAGCCAUGCGAUGGUCGCCGAGACUGCGGAGAUGGCUCAGAUGAGGAGAACUGUGUGCGUUUGUUCAAUGGAUCUUGGAGCAAUGAUGGGGUGGUACAGUUCAAGGUAAACAAUGAGUGGUGCUCAGCAUGUAAAGAUCAUUGGUCAGAAGUAUUGUCAAACUCCGUAUGUCAGCUGUUAGGUUACAGGAACAACAAUGAAACAUCAACAGUUUAUGCUCUGGGCAACGAGUCCUUUGUACAAGUGGUUAAUACAAGUGGAGGUUUGGAACUUAUACCAAGUGAGAAGUGUCCCGAGAAUGCUGUUGUUUAUCAGAAAUGCAAUAGGAAACCUUGUGGGAGGCCACUAGUGCCACUGAAGGAUGUCGGGAAGAUUGUUGGCGGUAACAACGCAUUGGAAGGUGCUUGGCCAUGGAUUGUGUCUCUUCGUUUUGUCGGUCGCCAUUUGUGUGGAGCCACACUGGUCAGCAGCCAGUGGCUUGUUUCUGCAGCCCACUGUGUAUAUGGGAGGAACCUUGUACCAUCGCGCUGGGAGGCGGUGUUGGGUCUCCACAUGCAACUGAACCUCACCUACCCCCAGACACGGAUCGAACCAAUCGAUCGCAUCCUGAUAAAUCCUCACUACAACAAGCGGACCAAGGACAACGACAUCAUCUUGUUGCACUUGAAGUCGGCAGUAAGCUACUCAGAGUACAUCCAACCCGCCUGCCUCCCAGACCGGAAGCAACGGUUCUCACCGGGAAUGAUCUGCUCCAUCGCUGGUUGGGGUGACACGACAGAAGGUGGUUCAUCUGCAAAUAUCCUUCAGGAGGCGGAGGUUCCUCUCAUAGCCAAUCAAAAGUGCCAGGAGCAGUUGCCGCAGUUUAACAUUACACAAAGCAUGAUAUGUGCUGGUUAUCAGGAAGGAGGUACAGACACCUGCCAGGGAGAUUCUGGAGGACCCCUCAUCUGUAAGCAAGACAAUCAGUGGUUUCUGGCUGGAGUGACAUCAUUUGGCCAUGGAUGCGGGCUGCCUCAUAGUCCAGGGGUCUACGCUCGAGUCACAGAAUUCAUUGACUGGAUACAGGAGACCAUCACUUAAUCCCACCUUUGCAUACCACAGCCGAGUGUAGAGGUCGCUUCAACACUGACCUGUUUAAUUUUCAUUGGUGAAUGUGGCCGCAUUGCGUUUUCCUUCUGUACUUAUUCAAGCCAACACUUGAAGCUGUUACUUGAAAACAUGUUAAUACAGCAGUAAAAGGAAUGUGCUAAACAUUGAAA